CCGCCGCCCGUCCCAGCGUGCCCCGCGCAGUGUGUGGAGACAGCGCGGCCUGUUCCCGCCGCCGCCGCCGCCGCCAUGUCCGAGUUCAGCGCCGCGGGGCCGCCGCCCGCCGCCGCCGCUGCCGCCGCGCCCGGGGGGGCCCCGCCGCCCGCAGCCGCCUCCACCGCGGGGCCGCCGCCUCCGGCCGCGGGGGGCAGCGGCCCGGGCCCCGGCGGCGCUGGCGGAGGAGGAGGAGGAGGAGGAGGCGGCGGUGGCGGCGGCGCAGGGGGCGGCCCCGCCGCCGCCGCUGGGAUCCGGAAGGACGCCUUCGCCGACGCGGUGCAGCGGGCCCGGCAGAUAGCGGCCAAAAUCGGGGGGGACGCGGCGACGACGGUGAAUAACAACACCCCCGACUUCAGCUUUGGGGGGCAGAAACGGCAGCUGGAGGAUGGCGAUCAGCCUGAGAGCAAGAAGCUGGCGGCGCAGGGGGACUCGCUCCCGGCCCCGCUGGGACCCAUCCACCCCCCGCCCAGGUCGACAGUGACGGAGGAGUAUCGUGUCCCUGAUGGCAUGGUGGGACUCAUCAUUGGCCGCGGGGGGGAGCAGAUCAACAAGAUCCAGCAGGAUUCGGGCUGCAAAGUACAGAUCUCCCCAGACAGCGGCGGGUUACCGGAGCGCAGCGUGUCCUUGACGGGCUCCCCCGAGGCCGUGCAGAAGGCCAAGCUGAUGCUGGACGACAUCGUGUCGCGGGGCCGGGGGGGGCCGCCGGGGCAGUUCCACGACAACGCCAACGGCCAGAACGGGACAGUGCAGGAGAUCAUGAUUCCCGCCGGGAAAGCCGGGCUGGUCAUCGGCAAAGGCGGCGAGACCAUCAAACAGCUGCAGGAGCGAGCCGGGGUGAAGAUGAUCCUGAUCCAAGACGGUUCCCAAAACACCAACGUGGACAAACCCCUGCGGAUCAUUGGCGAUCCCUACAAAGUCCAGCAAGCCUGUGAGAUGGUGAUGGACAUCCUCCGCGAGCGCGACCAGGGCGGCUUCGGCGACCGCAACGAGUACGGCUCCCGCAUCGGCGGCGGCAUCGACGUGCCGGUGCCGCGGCACUCGGUCGGGGUCGUCAUCGGCCGCAGUGGGGAGAUGAUCAAGAAGAUCCAGAACGAUGCUGGGGUGCGGAUACAGUUCAAGCAAGACGACGGGACGGGCCCGGAGAAGAUCGCUCACAUCAUGGGCCCCCCCGAGCGCUGCGAACACGCCGCCCGCAUCAUCAACGACCUCCUGCAGAGCCUGCGGAGCGGCCCCCCGGGGCCCCCGGGGCCGGGGAUGCCCCCGGGGGGGCGGGGGCGCGGGAGGGGCCAGGGCACUUGGGGCCCCCCCGGGGGCGAGAUGACCUUCUCCAUCCCCACGCACAAGUGCGGGUUGGUCAUCGGGAGAGGUGGGGAGAACGUCAAAGCCAUCAACCAGCAGACGGGGGCCUUUGUGGAGAUCUCGAGGCAGUUGCCCCCCAAUGGGGACCCCAACUUUAAGCUCUUCAUCAUCCGCGGCUCCCCGCAGCAGAUCGACCACGCCAAGCAGCUCAUCGAGGAGAAGAUCGAGGGGCCGCUCUGCCCCGUGGGGCCAGGCCCAGGUCCGGGGGGGCCACCGGGUCCCGCUGGCCCCAUGGGGCCCUUCAACCCAGGACCCUUCAACCAGGGCCCCCCCGGAGCCCCCCCGCACCCCGGAGGCCCCCCCCCGCACCAGUACCCCCCCCAGGGCUGGGGCAACACCUACCCCCAGUGGCAGCCGCCGGCCCCCCACGACCCCAGUAAAGCAGCCGCGGACCCCAACGCCGCCUGGGCCGCCUAUUACUCGCACUACUACCAACAGCCCCCGGGGCCGGUCCCGGGGCAGCCCCCGGCCCCCACCGCCCCCCCCGUGCAGGGGGAGCCCCCCCAGCCCCCCCCCACCGGCCAGUCCGACUACACCAAGGCCUGGGAGGAGUACUACAAGAAAAUAGGCCAGCAGCCCCAGCAACCCGGGGCCCCCCCCCAGCAGGACUAUACGAAAGCCUGGGAGGAGUAUUACAAGAAACAAG